GUUUUGCAACGUAACGUAUCACGCGUUUAAAGAUGGCGUCUCACAGUGUCGGGUCGUGUGUGUGGUGAAAUAUCUGUAGUAUUCGUCCAGAGACGUUAAGUUAAGUAUGUUGGGAUAGCAACUAUAGGUACAUUUAUAAUAGAAAUGUGGCACUGUUUAAGAACAUGUCACAACGUUAGCGGCUGAAUCAGGUCGUAACAUUUAAAGAUGGUACAAGUAACGUUACCUACAAGGCACUUUGGACACCCCCACUAGACUAGAAAAAGCACGUUAGAGUCAAGUUAGAGAGAAAAUGCUUCCAGCUACAUGGUUGCGACUGACCUGCAGGGCUUUGUCCGGCCGAGGACAGGGGACGCGGGGUCUGUUCUCCAACUCGGCACCUUCAAACUGGACUAAAGUGGUCUCCGAUGCAGAGAAGAUCGUCGGAUAUCCAACCUCGUUCAUGAGUCUCCGCUGUCUGCUCAGUGAUGAACUCAGUAACGUUGCCCUUCACGUCAGGAAGCUAGUCGGGACUCAGCACCCUUUGCUCAACACAGCCAGAGGCUUUGUCUACGACAGCAGGAACAACCUUCAGAUGAGGGGUCUGGUCGUCCUACUCUUAUCUAAAGCUGCAGGGCCAAGCCACACAGCCUCUGAGCUCCUGGCUCAUGACAUGGUCUACGGCAUUUACCCCAGGAAGGGGUUGGAGCACAAGGCAGACAACUGGCUCAUCAGGUUCUCACAGCGGCUGAAAGAAGGUCAUAAGUGGCUAUCAGUGCACCCAACCCUGUCUGGAUGGAUCCCUCCUGUCGCAGCGUGGCGAGCUCCUUCCAUAUGGAGAGGGCAUCAUGGGAUAGUUGAUCUGAAAGAGUGGACAGUUUCAGAUGGCCCGCUGAAAGACAUGCAGCUUGGAAACAAGAUGGCCGUCUUGAGUGGGGACUUCCUCCUAGCGAACGCUUGUUCUGCACUGGCCCAGCUGAAUAACACCAAGGUUGUUGAACUGAUUUCAAGUGCCAUUGGGGAUUUAGUUCAAGGAAUCUACUAUGAGAACUUGAGUAAUACUGAGGAGAACAGACGCACCAAUGGCAUUGAUGUGGCAUCAUGGGAGGAGCAGAUGUUCCUGUCCCAUGGGGCACUGUUAGCCAAGAGCUGCCAGGCUGCGAUGGAGCUCGCCAAACACAAUAAGGAGAUGCAAAUGCUGGCCUACAAGUAUGGCAAGCAUCUAUCACUAAGCCACAAGGUAAGUCUGAGUGACCUACUCACCAAGCACCACCUACCACAGAAGCUGGGCUUUGGAGGCAGCCUUAGAAACCUGGGUCAUUUAGCUGAUAUUCACUCUCUUUUCUCUCUUCUCAACAAGGCAAAAACCUCAAGAAAUCAACUGGAUUACUCAAAGCUUUUGGCAGCAGUUAAGUCAGAGAAAGGUGUGAGCUCAGCGGUGGACUUAUGUUGUUACCAUAGCAACAAGGCUCUGGAGGCCAUCCAGGCUUUCCCUUCCUCCGAGGCUCGAUCCGCCUUGGAGAAUAUCGCCUCCACCAUCACCAAAUUUUGACCAGGACACACACACACACACACACACACACACACACACACACACACACAUUACUGCCUCUAAAUGUGCCGCCUAGGGUGUUUUUGUCUGCAGAGGCAACAGGGUGAGUUGACACUUCAGAGACAAAUGAACUUGCUUUGGACCAGGUGUUGGCUCAUGUCUGAAGAAACUGUUCUGCUCUGCUGUGGAUGAAUGUGUGCAUCAGAAAUGCAAUUGCUGUAUUCAUAAAUGGUCAUCAUUUUAAAAAAAGAAAUAAAAACACAUUACUUAAGCAUCAUGUUAUGCAUUGUGUUGGCUCUGAGACAUACCCUUCCUCUCCUGCAUAGAGAAAAUAUCACACCAGGCUGCAUUUUAAAGCCUGGCAGUUUAUUGUUACCUUGCUUAUCAGCAAAGGCACAUACCAGGCAGAACAUAAUUUAAGAUGUUUUGAAGAACUGUUAUUGUCAUCUGGAAAAUGUGCCAUGAAAGGCAAAUGAUACACCAAGCAGUACUUAAAAAAAAAAAA